AUGGGACUUGUCAAGGAUGUAUACCCAAGAGGAAGUUCGGGUCCCAGUCUCUGUAUGGCCAGCGCUCGAGGCUGGAGCAAGCUGAAACGCGUUUCCAGUCUCGGCUGGGCGAAAUGCCAGUAUGGUUGUUCCAUUGAAGAGCUUAUUUACUUCCUUGGAGCCCUCUCUCUCAUAAGGAAGAACGAGGUCGCUCGUCGGCGCUCAUCCAGACGUGUGAAGAGUGCAAGAAGGGCUGAUAUGAGGCCGGUCCCGGCUCAGAGCCAUCGGGAGGAUCAACUCCUCGGGUUCCGCUCGGGCAAAGGAAUGGGCCUCCGCCCUCAUCAAACUCCCAGCAUGUCCAAUCUCACAUUCUGGCUGAGCCCAGCCGGACCUCCUCACCCGGAGAGCCUGGGGAACGGCUUUAUUGCUCUUGACCACUCCAACUCACUCCAGCCACACACACACUACAUCUUUGGUAAACUCAGCUCACAUAUCGCCCAAGGAGACUGGCUCCCCCACGGGCCAGACGAGAUGGCCGAGCAAAACCCAUCAUCGGCAUGGGGUCGAACGUCGGCCACUUUUGAGCUCGUCGACCAGGAUUCCGAAUCGGAUGGUCAACAGGAACAAGAUAUCACUCAUUUCCCGGUGCGCAGGAGGCAGGAUGUGCCGAGCUCGCCUACCAUCUUCACAAAUACUACUCGUCUGGACAGCGGUCAACAGCCAACUGCUACUGCCAGAAAUGGCUCCUCUAUCGGACGAUUUGGAUCGAAGAACCAGCCGGACUCAGGAAGGAAUACCACGUCGGUGGCCAGGACCUCUUCUCCGAUCGAUAUCAGCGCGGUGGAGGAAGAAAAUCAGGCUGAGUUUAAGGACACCCCUUGGACUAUUGCCCGUCGACUAGCCAGGAAGAACAAGCGGAAAGCGAGCAACAGCCGGCCUCCCCGAUCCGGGACCCAGUUUGGCAUCAAGCUUCCCCCCGGCCCGCCAGAGCAGCGCCCGGAACCCGCCAUGAGAAUCACCCGCCAGUCUGCGUCUGACAGUCAUCAACUAAUAAAGCCAGGAGGGCCCUUCGAUCAGAAUCUUGUCCGCGAUCGCUCUAGUGCUCAGCCUGGCUUGGCUGAGUCUCUCGACAAGUCUGGGUCCUAUCAAGACCCGCUUGACUGUCCAAGUCCCUAUCAAGAUGAGCCCAUAGAGGCCAACCACCAUAAGACCUAUAUUCAUGAUGCGCUCAAAUCAGGCAUCAGACCGGCCUCAGAUCAUCCUAUGUCACCUCAUGGAAGCCUUCCUCAAAGCUCAUCACCCACCAUCUACAACAAUCAUCAGAGAGGUGCUAGAUCCCAUCCAAGGGUCCAACACCGGAGUGGUCAGGCUCAGUUCUUUCCAGAGAUCCGCCACAUCCUCGGUCCAUACUCCGAAGCAAACCACAGUCCUGGCGGUCCCCUCGACCAGGAGGAGCUCGAUACUCCUGCACAACCUUCUCCGUCUUGGCACUCUUCCCAACAGUUUGGGCGUGCCCCUCUGCCACCUCUUUCUCCCUCCGAGAACUACGGCACCGAAUACGGGAUCGAAAACACCACUAGCGCAAUCGAACGCUUCCCCGGGUUCUCUACUUCUAUCGCCGAGGAGGAUGACCAAUAUGCGGACGAUACGUUUGAUAGUUAUUAUAGAGAGACUGGGUUGGAGGACGAGGGGGGUUAUCAGCCGGAGAUCUACGAUGAUGAUGAUGAUAAUCAAGUGAGGUAUGACGAUCAAAGCUAUGGAGGACCUGGAUCCAACCACUUGGUGGAGUCGCAAGCUCUAGAUAACGAUGGAUACGACUACGAGCCGAUGGAUUAUUACCCCGAGGAAGCUAUGCAAGAGUCUGGUCGAGCUUCGGGGUAUGAAGAGGCAUGGGAUGGAGGGCAGCCAGCAUUCGACUUGCAGGUCGGCAGCAGAGGGUACAUGCAGCAAUACUCGGAGGGCGGCUCGACUGCGACGGAGUUCCAGACAGAGAUUGUGCCCGUCGGGCCGUGGACGCAGGACGAGCGGAGAGCCGUUCGGCGCAGACCGUCCUCCAAGGUCGGCCGGUUGUCCCGCUACACCAAACGCUCACCCUACCGGGCCCCACCCUAUGCCCGGGGCUCGUCCAGUAACAGAACUCCAGCAGAGGUCUUUCACUACAAAGCCUCUGGACAUAGGCCCAAUUCCAAACAGGCCUUCCAUGAUGCCAUCUCCAGCUUCAAAUUCAAUACCCCUCGUCCCCGUCCCCAUCCUCCCCCUCGUCGUGAGCCUCACAGCUCUCCCCUAAAGCCUCUCAAACUCUCGUGUUUGUACGAGCCGGCUGGCGCAAGUCUGGAUGAUAAGCAAGAUGAGACGGGUCGGUGCGAUGAUGCUGAUGAUGUUCAGCUACGCGCUCCGGCCAUUCGGUCGAGAGCCAUCAAGCCCGCCUCCCUCAAGACUUCAACAUCCUCUAAGCGGACUCCACGAUCAGCGACUGGUUCACGUUUAGAUCCCGAGCCGGUCGCUCGACCCGGCUCUUGUAUGGACAAGAGAGCUUUGGAGCAUGAGUCUGAGGAUCUCAUGAGGAAGAAGCGCGGCGAUCCUCGUCGAGGCUCACGCUUGCGCUCGGAGAGCAACACUCCCGCCGGUCAGAAGCCGCUUCCCAAGCCCGGCCUGCCGGUGCAUCGGGGACCCGGGCCGGGUCGAUCAGCUCGAGCCGAGCCGGAGCCUUCGUCGACGGAAGAAGAAAGCAGCGGGUCAGAGAGCAUCGAAGUGAUUGAGCCGCUUCGCCAGGAAGGCGCUUCUGGAGCAAUCCCACGGCGGAAGACGGACGCUCUGCUCUCAGACCCGAGGGCCUCCAGCCUCAAGAGAACAGAGCUCGGACAGAAACCCGAAAAUAACUAUGCCUCGCCACAUCCUUCCCCCACUCUCAUCCCCACCAGAUCUCCUAAAACGGUCUUCUUCAAGUUCGACCUCCACUCUCUUUCCGUCAACCGUUGUCGUGUCCUGCGACAGGUCUUGGAGGAUCAAGUGAGUGCAACAAGGAUUUGGGAGGAGGCGUAAUCACUUCUUUUUUUUCACCAUCAUCAUCAGUUCGCCAUGUAAAUUUCCAAUGUCUGCUUAAGUAUGUACACUACGUCUCACCCACCACACCUCGGACAGAGUAUUCAUGAGACAAACAAAAAGAAGCUCGCUAC